UUAGCGAGAUUUCGAUAACUUAAGCGAAGAAUGUCUCGCGAGAAGUUGAACCGGGAGAGUGCUGCAAGGAAGCGAGUUCCGACGGGAUUCUGAAGUCAGGCUCCUGUUCUCCUGGUUCCCGGGCGGCUUUAGAUGUCGGGAGAUGUAAACCUCUUGUUUGGCACCUUCUGACAGGAUGGUGUUGACCCGGCUGAAAGCAAAAUCAGAGAGGAAGCUUGCAAAACAGAUUUGCAAAGUUGUAUUGGAUCAUUUUGAAAAGCAAUAUUCCAAAGAACUUGGAGAUGCCUGGAAUACAGUAAGGUAUAUACUCACAUCCCCAUCGUGCUGGCAACAUGCGAUCCUCCUUAACCGAUUCAAUUACCCUUCUGAACUGGAAAAGGACUUACAUUUGAAGGGUUAUCACGCACUCUUCCAAGGAUCUCUACCCUAUUAUCCUAAAUCAAUGAAAUGUUACCUGAGCAGAAUUCCCAGCAGGAUGCCUUCAGAAAGACACCAAAUUGGGAACCUGAAGAAAUAUUAUCUCCUGAAUGCUGCCUCCCUUCUCCCAGUCCUGGCCCUGGAAUUAAGGGAUGGAGAGAAGGUUCUGGACCUGUGUGCUGCUCCAGGAGGCAAGUCGGUAGCUCUGCUGCAGUGUGCUCACCCAGGUUAUCUUCAUUGUAACGAAUACGAUAGUCUGAGAUUGAAGUGGCUGAGGCAGACGUUAGAAUCUUUCAUCCCACAGCCUUUCGUAAAUGUAAUUAAAGUGUCUGAAUUGGAUGGCAGAGAAAUGGGAGAUGUCCAGCCUGAAACAUUUGACAAGGUAUUAGUCGAUGCUCCAUGUUCAAAUGAUCGAAGCUGGUUGUUCUCUUCUGAUUCUCAGAAGGCGGCCUGUAGGAUAAGCCAAAGGAAGAAUUUGCCUGUACUACAGAUAGAACUUUUAAGGUCUGCAGUGAAGGCCUUACGCCCUGGAGGGUUACUUGUGUACUCUACAUGCACACUUUCCAAGGCAGAAAACCAGGAUGUGAUCAGUGAAAUUUUAAACUCCUGCAGUAACAUGAUGCCUGUGGACAUGAAGGACAUGGCAAGGACUUGCUCCCAAGACUUCACUUUUGCUCCCACUGGCCAGGAAUGCGGGCUCUUGGUGAUUCCAGAGAAGGGCAAAGCCUGGGGCCCAAUGUAUGUAGCCAAGUUGAAAAAAUCAUGGACUAUGUGAAAUUGGCAGUGUGCAUUUUGUGAACCAUGUCAGUGUAUUAUUAUAUUUAUUUUUCCGGCCUCUAAACAUGUUAAUAUUUAAAUAUGGAGUCACUUUUCUUGGGUCUGUUUGUAAUCCUAUUUAGUUAAUACAAUACUUUAGCAUCUCAGAAUUUAGGCUUGAGAAUUUCCAAGGUGUGUAUGUUUCCUAGCAAUAUAUCUAUAGCAGUGAUUUAAGGUGGUGCAGAUGGUAUUUGUUCUGUAUAAUAAAUCUGCUGUCUUUUA